AUGGAGGAGGAGGUCUCGAUUCCUCGAGAUACGGGCGCCUUUGAUCGGCUGCCUCCAAAUGUAAUUGAACGCAUUCUCUAUGUCGCCGAUGCCAACGUCUUUGCAUCUCUGGUGUUGCUCAACCGACAAUGGAGGCGGAUAUCCGACUCUCCGUCUUUGUAUGCCUACCAUUUAUCGCAAUGUCCCUCGUUCACAUGGACAAGAGGGGCAACCCCCGCGCCAAGCGAGACCGACUGUCUGGCAGACCUCAAACGCCAAUUUCUGGAGGAAAUCAGACGCAAUGCCUUUGACGUCUUUCUACGGCCUCGUCGGACCCUCGUUCGAUUGAUAUCCAGUUCUAUGAGCUCAUCCACCGCGUUUCCCCAGGGCGAAGUGUUUCGAUUUUCGUUCUCGGCUCAUGGUGAACUGGUCCUAUGUAUUAGCUCGUCUCGCAUCGUCGUGCUAGAUGUGGCCGCAGAACCGGUAGCUGUAAAAUACGAAUUGCAGACUCGCCGGCGACCCUUGGGGGCGACUAUUCAAGAUGAUGGCUCCCUUCUUGCCGUUCUAUCCUCUACGCACAGGGUCAAUAUCUAUCGACUGUUGAAUGAUGAAGUCAAGCAUUUUCAAACGAUCACCUUGAAUGAUGCCCCCAGAGACUUGACCUUCUCACCUAUGGGAAGCGUCCUGGCUUUGUCCUUUGAGGAUUGCAUCGAGGUGUAUGCCGUGGGAGAAGAGGUUCUGUCGAUAGAACGCCGAGCUGCGCGUUGCCCUCGUGUUGAUGCGCUUUCUUUCUCCCGGGAUGGUACUAUGUUGCUUGGAUCGGCAACGGACAAUGAACCAGGUGGCAUAGUCACGAUCACAGCUCCCUUCUAUACGGACAUUGGCAUAGACGCAUUGCCACAGGAGCUUCAAAUGCGCAUGUGGACAACGCAGAUUCUUUUUCCAGAGACCACUCCAGAGUGUACUUAUGCUUGCCUGAUGAAUGGUCACGAAGAAGCGGACGAUAGCUGGAUAAUUGGCUACGACAACGCCCUGGCAGCUUUCCGGGCAAUCAGACUCAAUAACUUCAAUACCGGCGGUGUAUAUUUUGCUAGUCCCUUUCUGGCUGAUGAAUUGCGAGAAACACUGCCCGUUAUGCUCCCAUCCACGGAUAGUGCGGGAGAACUCGUUGCUCUAGGAUUUCAAGAGUCCGAAAUAUGGAUUUAUGGAGUGCCUGCUCGUCUUGACAUGACCCCACCAAUCCCCGAAGGACAAGAUGCCAACGACUCCCAUUUUUGUGGAAAUCAUCAUAGCGAGGGGCAGUUGGUUCCUCGUGACAACCGGGCUCAGCUGGAGAAGAUAGUUCAGCAACCCAAGAAGGCGCUGAUUCGUGGCCGACGGAUCACUGAUAUGCAUGGAAUCACAUCUGCUCGCUGGGUACGAUGUACUGCGUCAAGCCAGCCACGUCGUCGACUUGUUGCAGUGGCGCCUGGUGGGGUACGCCCACAAGUACUCGGUGAAGAAGAUAUUCCCGUGGACGGUGGGAGGAUACUGGUCCUGGACUUUGAGAGAUCAACUACGAACGGCGAGGAGACAGAGUUGGAUAUCGAAGUGGGAGAAACUGCCCCAACGAUGCUCACGGAGCCGGACUCUUCACUAGACACCGAAGUCGAGCUGGAGAGGCGACGCACUCGUUUACAGCGUGGAGAUACGGACCCGACGACCUUGACGGGCCCUGUUCAUCGCCCAUCACGGGCACAUGCUCGAGAAACUCGUCGGGCUGCAAGUCAACAUGCGCUCUCACACCUUCAUCGAAGCACUUCUGCCGUUGUAACAUCUCCUGACGGGCCGACCCGUGGCGAGGUGGUCGAUAUCCCUUAUGAUAACACCCAGCCUCGAUCGCAAGACACCCUUCACCGGGCUGCUACAGCUGCGGCAUCCACGCGAGGACGUUACGAUCCACGAUAUCGAAACACGUCCGGUCGUCGCCAAAUCCCACAUGAGAGCGACGCAGACAACUGGGUGCCCCCGCCACCGCCGUAUACGCGCGAGGCCGAUCAACCUCUGCCCGACGAUCUGCAGGUUACACUGCUUCCAAGCAGGUCUCCAACUGCCCAGAAUCCCGAUGCCCCUGUUCAACCCGUCCAGCGAGCACAAACUGCCCGAGUGGCGCGAUCAACUCCAUCGGAUCGUUCUAGAGCACAAUCUGCUUUCUUACAAAGACUCGGUUCAAUUACCAGCAAUAGACGUUCUGGGAGAGGUCGAAGAGAGUCCCCUACAGCUGCCGAUGAAACCCCUGGUCUGGAGCGAGUCCAUCCCGACAUACCGCAAGUACCUCACAUACCACAUCAACAUCUCCCCAACCACAACCCAGCAGUCCAGAACAAUCAUGCCUGGCCUUCUCGCUCCGACAUGAGAAACGCACCCAUACCCAAUCUCCCAGUCGCUACCAACCACCUCCGCUCACUCCAACCUCUCCCAACCCUAGCCCUCCACCCAGCCGAACAUUCAUCUCCCCAAGGACAAGCCACACUAGGCGCAACCCUCCUCGGCGAAGACUACCUCUCCUACUCCGUGUCUUCCCCCAAUCUGCUGCACAUACCACAACCAUCUGGCAACGCCUUGGAUCUCACCGAUGAAGACGAAGAGGUGCAGAUCCUUGCAAGGCAGAGGUCAUUCCGCCGGCGCGUAUCAACGGAGCCGAAUAGCUUGCCGCCGCCGGCGAAUGAGGAGUGGCGGAGGCGUAUUGAGGAUUGGAACGAACAUACUAUCCGGGAACGGAGCCGGAAACGUCGAAAUAAAUGCAUUGUCAUGUAG